GCGGCGAGGCGGAGCACGGCGGGCCCCGCUUCGCGGCGUGCGCCGGCAACCAUGAACUUUCUGCUCACUUGGAUCCGCUGGGGGCUGGCGGCGCUGCUCUAUCUGCAGAGCGCGGAGUUGUCGAAGGCUGCGCCUGCCUUGGGGGAUGGGGAGCGGAAACCCAAUGAAGUUAUCAAAUUCCUGGAAGUCUAUGAGCGCAGCUUCUGCAGGACUAUUGAGACCCUGGUGGACAUUUUCCAGGAGUACCCUGAUGAGGUGGAGUACAUAUUCAAGCCAUCCUGUGUGCCUCUGAUGAGAUGUGCGGGUUGCUGCGGCGAUGAGGGACUAGAAUGUGUCCCUGUGGAUGUGUACAACGUCACCAUGGAGAUCAUGAGAAUUAAACCCCAUCAGAGUCAGCACAUAUCACACAUGAGCUUCUUACAGCACAGUAAAUGUGACUGCAGACCAAAGAAAGAUGUCAAAAACAAACAAGAAAAAUGUGAAAAACCGAGACGGUGAGCAGCGGAGAAGAAGGGGAAACAGCCCUGUUUCUGGAGCCUGAUUUCUCGCCUGGACAGAAUAAAACAAAACAAAACACUAAUCCAAAUGAACCCUAAAAAUGAAGGAUCGGUAGAGCACAGCACUUUCAGUACGGACGAUGGACUCCGGAAGGAACAUUCCCCAAGGCACCCGCCGCACAGAAUUCACCUUUGGGUUUUGAACUGUUUUAUUUUAUUUUUCUUUUUAUGCUGCUAAAUAAUGGAGCCAGGAAGACUUAUAGGGGUGUAUUUGAUGGGUUUUCCCAUGCAUACAUAUAUAUGUGUGUAUACAUGCAUAUACAUAUAUAUAUAUGUAUAUAUAUUUUAACCACAUCUAUAUAUACAUAUAUGUAUAUCUUAACCACACACACACAUAUAUAUUUUAUAUAUAUAUAUAUAUAAAUAUAUAUAUAUAUAUACUGAUUAUUUUUUUUAACAUUGCUAAUGUUAUUGGUGUCUUCACUGGAUAAUACUCGACUGCUGUGGACACAAGCGGGCUACUUGGGGCAUAAGAAACAAGCUAAGACUGGACUUGAGUAGAAGCGCUGGGUGUAAACUUCUUAACUCUAACUGACUUGUGCGGCCUCCGCUGUUUCUCUGUAGAGUGUGCUGUACCACAAACCACCUUCUCCUUGCCUGGGACAGGGAGGAGAGGUGAUGGAGAGGAUGGGCAGGGAGUUCCAAAGAGCGGCAUCCUAGGGUGCGAUGGGUCAAAGGCCAAGGAAAUGGCCAUCUCCGUGAUCAAGGAUUCCUCCUCCCCUCUCUUCCCCCAACCUUCGCCCUUACUCGUCUCAUAACCUGCCUGCCUUGCUGGGACAUGGGAUGUCAGUGUACAUUUUGCGUUGACUUUAUUCGCUGUAGAACCUUUGCCAGAGAGACAUACUGGCUUGGCUUCUCUUAAGGAUGGUGGGCAGCUGAUGCGCACUGACUUUCUGUUCAAGGAAUUAUCACAAGAGUCUAGAUUUCCCGCCCUUGGUGGCUGCAGAAGGACACAAGGUCUACAGUGUGCUGAAGCAAGAAUGGGGACCGGUGCAUAGCCACACAGUUGUUCAGCACUGUCUGCUUUCUUCAUGCACAGAGCUGCCACUCAAGAGCAUCCAAGAUGCUUAUGGAACAUUUCUGGAAAGGGAUAUUAAUCAAAAGUAUAUACACAGUAGUGGGGGUGUGUGUGUAUGUAUGUGAAUGUAUGCAUUUGUGUGUAUGUAUGUAUGUAUGUAUGUGUUUUUCUCUCUUUUUUAUAUAUAUAUAUUUAUUUUUAUACAUAUAUAUAUAUAAAAAAAUAAUAUAUACGUAUGCCAAGAUUGAAGGGGGGAAAAAAGAAAGCAACUUUUGCUGCCUUCAGUUUGUGUGCCCAGUGUGAAUGACCCUUAAGAACGUCAAGAUUUUUUUUAAAAUGACGUACUGUAAAUAUCAGGCCCUUUUUCCAUGUCUUGGGCUGGGGAAUCAAAUGUGAAGACAGCUGGAGUCCCUUAGCUCUGUCGUGAGGUUCUUGGCUAUGUGUGUAUCUGCAGCGUAGGCUGUGGUGAAUGUGAAACCCACCUUACACGCGCGCACACACACACACACCCCUGAAAGUGUGUUUGUACAUCUAUGUGGAUAUAUAUAAUCUAGUUCUGUGAUUAAAAUUAUUAUUAAUAAUAAUAAUAAUCAAAAAGGUACUCGGUCUGUGUCAGAAUGCUGCCAAACAUCAUCUGCAAUUGAAUUUUCAACGCCUGAUAAUGUACAACACGGAAAGCUUCCAAAAAGACAAGACAGUCUAAAAACAGACUCACAACAAGCGACUACUAACCACUAGGAUCUCCCCAUCCGACUGAUGGCUUUCAGAAGGAGAGAAAACACACGGGUGGGUGCUUGCAUCUGCAAUGUAGAAUACUCAUGCUGCAUCAUGUGCAAGACAGAGGCUUCCGAUCGGGGGAGGGAAGAGAAAGUGUUUUAUAUACUUAUUUAAUAUCCCUUUUUAAAUUAGAAAUUAAACAGAUAAUUUAAUUAAAGAGUAGGGAUUUUUCAGUAUUCUUUGUUAAUAUUUAAUUUCAACUAUUUAUAAGCCGUACCUCCUUUUUUUUUUUUCUUUUUUUUUCCUUUUUUUUUUUUUUUUUUUUGUACUGGUUGUGUAUAAAUUUAACCUUCCUGUUGUCCCAUCCCGUCUCUCCCCAAUUGUUGGCAGAGUCAGUAGCAUGUUAUGGGCAGUUAUUUAAUUAAUUUCUCUAACACCUACCCCUACACAUUCCUAUUGAGACAACGGUUAGAUAUACAUCUACAUACUAUAUAUAUAUUUGGCUAUGUGUUUGUAUAUAUAUAUAUGUUUAUGUAUAUGUGUGAUUCGGAUUAAAUAGACACUACGAUUUUUUUAUAUAUGUAAAAAGAAGAAACAGGAAAAAAUAGAAAAUUCUACAUCUUGAAUCUCUCUCCUUUUUAAUUUUAAUAUUUGUUAUCAUUUUAUUUAUUGGUGCUACUGUUUAUCUGUAAUAAUUGCGGGGAAAAAAGAUAUUAACACUACAUAUUGUGUCUAGUGAAUUUUUUCAAGAUAUUCCUUAGUACAUAUUUAUUUUUAAACAAAGAAAUUACAGAUAUAUCUUAAAACAACAGCGACGACGACAAACAAACUUUUUUUUGUAUUAAAGAAUUUAAUUCUGACCUUGA